UCGCAAAGAUAAUUAACGUGAUUCAAUUAGUUUAAAUGCCAACUAUUAACGCGUGCAGCUAAAUCGAAGAUGGAGAAGAAGAUUCGCCGUAUCGAAAAUCGUCGGACACAAUAGUAGCCAUAUUAAUUGCUAUCGUGUUUGUUAAGAAACUUUACCGUGAACGAAAAGUCUAAAUUUUGUAUAAAUUUUCUUUUAAACGAGAUACUGUACGUCUAAUAAAACAGAAACAUGCCGAAUGAUAUGAAUAUGCAAUCUGAAAAGCCCAAUGAGGAAGAAACUGCCAAUAAUGCAGAAGAAGAAGAAGUCAGUUCAACUGUUGACCUGCAUGCGCAGGAAAGCGGACCUGUUUAUGGUGGUUGUGAAGGGCCAAACGCAAUGUAUGUAAAACUGAUCAGCAGCGAUGGACACGAGUUUAUUGUAAAGCGUGAACAUGCUUUAAUUAGUGGAACAAUCAAAGCUAUGUUAAGUGGUCCUGGUCAGUUUUCUGAAAACGAAGCCAACGAAGUAAAUUUCCGUGAAAUACCCUCCCAUGUAUUGCAGAAGGUCUGCAUGUAUUUUACCUACAAAGUACGUUACACAAACAGCAGCACAGAAAUACCAGAAUUUCCAAUUGCACCUGAGAUUGCAUUAGAAUUGUUAAUGGCUGGAAAUUUCUUAGACUGCUAAGCACAA